ACGCACCAGCCAGCGCGCCGCCUCGCAGGGCCCGCCCCCAGGCCCGGAAGUGCGCACGCGCUGGCAAGAUGGCAGGUGGGGUCCGCCCGCUGCGGGGCCUCCGCGCCCUGUGUCGUGUGCUGCUCUUCCUCUCGCAAUUCUGCAUUCUAUCGGGCGGUGAGCAAUCGCAGGCGCUGGCUCAGUCAAUAAAGGAUCCGGGCCCAACACGCACAUUCACAGUAGUUCCCAGGGCAGCAGAAAGUACUGAAAUCCCACCUUAUGUGAUGAAGUGUCCAAGCAAUGGUUUGUGUAGCAGACUUCCUGCAGACUGUAUAGACUGCACAACAAAUUUCUCCUGUAUCUAUGGGAAGCCUGUCACUUUUGACUGUGCAGUGAAACCAUCUGUUACCUGUGUUGAUCAAGACUUCAAAUCCCAAAAGAACUUCAUCAUUAACAUGACUUGCAGAUUUUGCUGGCAGCUUCCUGAAACAGAUUAUGAGUGUACCAAUUCCACCAGCUGCAUGACGGUGUCCUGCCCUCGGCAGCGCUACCCUGCAAACUGCACGGUGCGGGACCAUGUCCACUGCUUGGCACCAGUACCAUCGCAGCCACCUGAGUGCUUGCCUUCACCUGGUUGCUCUACCUCCUCUUCCAAGGUAACCAUCCUUUUGAAUUUUUUCUUAUUUCACUUCCUAUUAAAUUUUUUCUAUAGUUUUAUUGUAUAUAUGUAAUAAAAUAAUAGUACCAUAUAAUAUUCAAUAAUGCAUGUUUUAGAACUGUAUAAAAUGAUUUCAGGCUAUGUCCUCUUCUGGGACUUGAUUAUUUCCUGUCAGCAUUAUGGCUCUGUGAUUCAUCCAUAUGACUUCUUUCUUUAUUUUACUUCUGUGUAAUAAUCUAUUUUAAGAUUGUAUCACAGUUUAUUCUCCAAUAUAUUUGGUUAUGUGCUGUUUUUUGCUAUUGUGACUCUUAAAAUUUCUUUGCCUGUCUCCUGAUGGCACGUGUGCAAGAGCUUCUUUAGCAUGUACUUUCCAGUGUGCGUUACUCUUUAAAUGGCUGUAUUAACUUACAUUCCCACCCGUGCUAUGUAACUAUUCCUAAUGAUCCCUAUUCUCUCCAAGAAUUGUUAUUCUUAAAUUUGAUCUUAAAGUUGUCUAGACUUCUUUUUUAUUUUGGAUAUUACCUGUGCUGUCCCUGAAACCCUCUCCCAGAUUUUGAUUUUUUUUUUUUUUACAUUACUGUAUAUUUUCAUAAACAAAACUUUAAAAAUAUAAUUACUUUAAGUUAUUAGAGUUAGUCUUUUUUUGUUGUGGUUUUAAGAAAUCUUUUUCUACCCCAGGUUUAUAAAGACAAUUUGCUACAUUUUCUUUUGAAAGUUGUAAGUUUCACAUUUCACAUUUAGGUUUAGAAUCCCCCUGGAAUUGGUUCUGGUAGAUGGUGGGAGGUAGAUUCAACUUUAAUUGUCCCCCCACAUGGAUGGCCACUUGUCUCAACCCUUCCCUGUUGAUCCGUGUGUUACCUCUGUCAUACAUGAAGUGUCUGUAUGUUUCUGGUUCUAGACUUUCUCUUAUUUUCCUUUUGGGUGAUUUUUAUGCCUCAGGACCAUACUGUCUUAUAUCCUCGUAACUUCCCCGUAAGUCUUGAUACGUGGUUGAGCAUUUCAUGUUCUUCACGUUGUAAUCCUAACUUAGCUAAUUUAAAUAUUACAUCUGUACAGAUAGAUGGUAAGGGCUUUGUACUCUUCACUUCAACAUGUAUUACUGUAAAGAGAGUUGACUUUUCACAUUUUAAAUUUUGAGGCCAUUUGUUAUAAUUAAGUCUUUCUGAGAGUAUUUUUAUACCCUGUAUUUUUCUUUCUUUCCUUCUUUCUUUUUUUUUUUUC